CUGGGUUCGUAACGUUUACUUCCUCCGUCGCGUUAGUUAGGGUUUUCAGAGCUUCAGUUUCUUUCAAUUCUUCCCCAACUCACCUUGGUUCACCUUCCUCAUUCCAAUUAACGCGAUUUAGACACAGGUAUUUGACCCCAAUCAACACAAAAUCCCAGUUUCGCUUCGGCAACUCGCGUGAUCAACGAACGAUACAUCGUUCCUUCUCGUGAAGAAGUUGGCGAUGACGAGAAAGACUAGUUGCUGUGCGAUUUGCGAGAAUUCGAAUCUAGCUUCGAUUUGCUCCAAUUGUGUCAAUUACAGGUUGAAUGAUUAUAGUGCAUCGUUGAAUUCACUUAAAGACCGUUGGGAUUCGUUGUACUCGAAAUUGAGCGAAGUUCUUGUCCGCAAGGGAAAAGCGGAUGAUCAGACAAAUUGGAGAGAGCUUCAACAUGAGAAGCUUGCACGGUUGAGGGAAAAGCUCAGUCACAGUAAAGAACAAGUUGCUCAAGGAAGAGCAAAGAUAGAGACUAUGUCCACUGGUCUCAAACAUAAAUAUGGAGUGCUUGAGUCUGCAUUUUCGACGUUGGAAAAGAAUCGGGUGGAACAACUGGAGAAGUUCUACCCUAAUCUUAUAUGCACCCAGAGCUUAGGGCAUGUGGCAAUUACCUCCGAACGUCUUCAUAAACAGACUGUGGUCAUUAAACAGAUAUGCAAGUUGUUUCCUCAACGACGGGUAGUGAUAGAGGGAGAGAGAAGGGAUGGCUCUAGUGGUCAAUAUGAUCAAAUUUGCACUGCACGCCUACCAAGAGCACUUGAUCCACACUCUGUUCCAUCAGAAGAGCUUUCAGCUUCUUUGGGAUACAUUGUACAACUUUUAGAUCUUGUUGUUCACAAUUUGGCUGCCCCAGCACUUCACAACUCAGGUUUUGCGGGUUCUUGCUCUCGAAUAUGGCAACGAGAUUCUUAUUGGGAUGCACGUCCAUCUUCGAGGAGUAAUGAAUAUCCCCUUUUUAUACCUCGCCAAACGUAUUGCUCAGCUAGUGGAGAAACCUCGUGGACUGAUAGAAGCUCAUGCAAUUUUGGUGUUGCCUCGAUAGAAUCUGAGAGGAGGCCUUACCUGGAUUCAUCUGGGAGUAGUAGCUUUAAUUAUUCUUUAGCAGCUUCACAUACUGUUCAGACACACAAAGAUUUGCAGAAAGGGAUUUCACUUCUGAAGAAAAGUGUAGCAUGCAUCACAGCUUACUGUUACAACUCGUUAAGUCUGGAUGUUCCUUCUGAGGCAUCUACUUUUGAAGCACUUGCCAAAUUAUUGGCUACGCUUUCAUCAACAAAGGAAGUUCGAUCUGUUUUUUCCUUAAAAAUGGCUCGCUCUAGGUAUGUCAUAUUUAGGCUGGAAAGUACUCAUUCUGUGCCCCCGAUGAGAAUUGAAAAUUAUAUGCCAAGUUCUGGUGCCAGUUUUCUUUAUGCCACCGAUUUAUCUGAUGAUAAAAGUGAAAUUGAAGGAUGGGAUAUAAUAGAGCAUCCCAAAUUUCCUCCGCCACCAUCACAAAGUGAAGAUGUUGAGCACUGGACUCGAGCAAUGUUCAUAGAUGUUAAAAGAAAGUGAUCUCUGCAGCAUAUUUUUGCUUAAUGUUCAAGAUUUGGUGGCUUGGUAUAUACGAAAAGAUUGAUCUUGUCUGAGUUUUAGCUGCCCAUGCGCCUCGGCCAUUAGUUUAAAAUUUUGAACUCCGGACUGAAGCCAGCUUAGUGUUUUACAAAUUGAAGAGCGCUAAAGACUUAGCUGACAAAAUAUUCUGGAGGAUCAACUUGUAACGUAUUUGUAACAUUUUAGUUCCUUGCCUUCGUCCCCCGUAUUAUAUAGAAGUGAGAAAUGUGCUAUAGGCAGGAUUUAUUUACUAGUUUUAAAUGCUUCAGAGUAUAAAAAUAUUAAAUGUAUUAAAGCAACAAAAUUAAAAUUAUGUUACAAAGUUGUUCGUUUGAUUUUAAUAAAUGCCCUUUUUAUUUCUUACC